GGAAGUUGUGUAACACAGAAUUAGUUAAUCAGAGAUCGGAGUAAACUUUGUAAAUUAAUGGCUAAACUUUUCUUCCCUAAACCAAUGUCAAUCGCCAUCUCUCACUUCUAAACUCUUCACUAUUUGCCUCUCAUCUACUAGUUCACCUUACUAGAAAACAAAUAAACGAAGAGAAAUGUCGCAAAAAUGUCUCGAAUUUCUCAUUCCAACUCGGAAAAGUGUGUGCCGCGUAUGUAUGACGAGAAGAAGCAAUCAGCAAUGGAACCCUCGUUAAGAAACCCCCGCAUGAUAGCGUCGGCGUUGAUAAGUCGUUGUGAGAUUCCUAUUUAAGCUAGGUCGUCGCUACACUAUGCGGACCAUGCGGAUCCCGGACGAACACGACAUCGCAGAUAGGACAACUUUGACCGCCAAUGGCGUCAGCCUAUUACCACAGCUCAUUACCUGAUAUGGCUACAAUUGGCAGGAGGCCAGGAUUUUGUUCCUGGCCCCCAUAAGAUUAAUCCAUGCCAGCCAUCCGAGCGCCAAGAUUACGGCUCUAGUGUAAAGUAGAUCUAGCUUUCUUCUGGAAGUCGAGAAGAUCUUUUAUGAGGCGCGACGCAUCGCCCGGUUUUUGCUUUCUCUUCUUUCCUUACGCGUCGUGAGAAUCGUGAAAUUCGUCAAUUGCCCUCGCGAUGUCUUCUUUCGUGCGACCACUUCUUCUCGUCGCGGCUGCAAGCCACGGCUUAGCUCAGUUCGUUGCCCCGCCAACAACUCUGAAAGAAGUCACCGGCUAUGCUGGAGUUCCUGUCAGAUAUAAGGAGGUGCCUGCUGGGACCUGCGAGCUGAACCCCGAUGUGAAGAGUUAUUCGGGAUACGCCGACGUGGCGGAGGACCAACACAUCUUUUGGUGGUUCUUCGAGGCUCGCAAUCAAGAUCCGUCCGAGGCUCCCCUGACCGUCUGGAUCAAUGGCGGUCCGGGUUCGAGUUCGAUGAUCGGCCUCUUUGAGGAACUUGGACCAUGCGGAGUUGACUACUUCGGCAAGGUUUACAAUAACCCGUACUCCUGGUCUAACGUGAGCAACAUGCUCUUCAUCGACCAGCCCACACAAGUCGGUUUCUCCUACUCCAAGCCCGUCAAUGCGUGGGUUUCCGAUGACGGUAGCGUUGUAUCCCUACCCGACGCCACGUGCCCAGAUUACGCCGAUGAAAGCUCAUGCGGCACAUACAGCUACCCCAACGUCACUCUUACCGCGAACAGCACCACCAAUGCCGCGCCCAACUUCUGGAAAACUUUACAGGGCUUCAUGGGAGCCUUCCCUAAGUAUUCCAGAAACGGAUUCCACUUCGCAACUGAGAGUUAUGGAGGGCAUUACGCGCCGGUAUUCAAUGCGUACAUUGAAGAGCAGAAUGAAAAGAAGAUCCCUGGAGCGAAGGAGAUUCAACUAGAGACCGUUCUAAUAGGCAAUGGGUGGUAUGACCCUAUUAUACAGUACCAGGCUUACUACAACUUCACCGUCUUCCCCGGGAACACCUACGACUACGCCCCUUUCAACGCGUCCAUAGAGUCCCAGUUCUACAAUAACCUAUACGGCCCUGGAAACUGUCUCGACAGGUUGAACGACUGCAAAGCCACCGGAUUAAACCAGGUCUGCAGAAAUGCGGACAGUUUCUGCGCGAACCUAGUCGAAUCCGUAUACGACAAUGUGCUAGGCCGAGAUGAGUACGACAUGAGGGAAUUGGUCCCGGACCCGUUCCCGUACGGCUUCUACAACGAUUACUUGAACACGGAGGAGUUGCAGUCCGCCAUCGGCGCGUUUAUCAAUUUCACCAGCAACAACGUCGUAGGUGAGGCGUUCGACAACACCGGCGACGACGCUAGGGAGAUGGGUACGAUCGAGGAUAUCCGCUACCUACUCUCUAAAGGUAUCACGGUGGCCGUAUAUGCCGGCGAUGCGGAUUACAACUGCAACUGGCUCGGAGGCGAGGCUGUGGCGGAAGAGAUCGCAGCUCCCGGUUUCUCGCAAGCCGGAUACGUGGACUUAGUCACGAGCGACAACGUCACGCACGGCCAGGUGAAGCAAGCCGGCAAGUUCAGCUUCACUCGUAUAUACGAGAGCGGACACGAAGUACCUUUCUACCAACCCCUUGCCGCUCUCGAAUACUUCGAGAGAGCUAUCAAGGGCCACGAUAUCCAGACCGGAAAAGGCCCUAUUAGCGCGGAUUACCUAACGAAGGGAACGAAGAAGAGCACGUACCGCCAAGGUAACUCGACGAUGCAGUGGGAAGUGCUGCCGGCCAAUGCUACGUAUGAUACCACCACGAACGAACCCGGUGGUACGUGGACGGAGCAGGCGGUGCUCAUGAAGCGAAGCAUGAAGAAGAGCUUCAGGUCCCGCAGCGGACGUCGAGUGAGGUAGACGGAUAAGUAGCAUAUGAAGCUAUGAUGGAUUAAUGAGGAUUAUGAAUUCUCCGAUCUAUAUAAUUCCAUAUCUAAGUUAAUGUCUUGAAUAAAUUAAUCACUAUUAUUAGAUGUCUCUUAACAUUCUCUUGAUUUUGCGACUUAUGCUG